AUGGCUACUAGGUCUACUGCAGCUGCCUCGCAUCUUCAACAGCCGGGAUUAUCAAGGAUGGAUGCUUUGAAAUAUCUCGAUUCCGUGCAGUUGCUUCCCGUACAGUCUCUACCCAACGCCGUUCAGGCCAUCAAUACAGUCUCGGAUGCGCUCCAAAAGCUCCAAGACAAGAGGCGCGCGGCUGCAGAGCCCGAGAGACCUGUUGUACUCAUCGUGGCCGGUUUAGAUACCCUCACAGAAGCGGUUAUUCGAGCGUCGAAUCCACUCCGCGGCACUGCAUUGCUGGCAGCCACACUUCGCAACGUGAACCGCCUGGCACGGACGCACGAAUCAUGGCUUUCCAUCAUCUUGGUGAACACAUCUGGACUUGGACCUGCUCAUUACGACCUUACGCCAUCGGUAGAGACUGACCAGGCUGAGAAACCUCGAAAGGAGAUGCCAAGAAAGGUCUCGGGCGAGGAUAGUAUUUACUCGGUGUUUCCGUCCCCUAGUGGACCGUUGCUAUCCACGCUUCUUAUGAAAACGCUGGAUCAGGGCAUCGAUACGCAUAUCUUACUCUCGAAUGUGAAAGCCGCACAGGUCGCGGAGGUGAUCAAGGAUCGGACCGGGUCUGGACUCGGGAAAUGGGGGAUAUGGUCACCAAGGCGAUAG